CGUAGUCCUUCCCCCUCUCUACCUGUCUAGUAGCUAAAGAUGGCUGAAGCUCCUCCAUGGCCCAGUCGGUUCUUCUGUCACAGAUGCUCAGCAGAGAUCAGUCCUCGGCUUCCCGAGUAUACAUGUCCAAGAUGUGAGUCAGGGUUUAUUGAGGAGCUGCUGGAGGAGAGAAGUGCUGACAAUGGCUCCAUGUCUUCCAUCUCCAGUGGGCCCCAGAACCAGCAACCAUUUGAGAAUGCAGACCAGCACUUAUUUACAUUCCCUUCGGGCUAUGGUCAGUUUGCCCUGGGUGUCUUCGAUGACAGUUUUGACUUUGGGGCUGGACUGGGAACAGAAGACAACCGGGAUGCUGAAAACAGGAGGGAAAGGGAAACGGCAUCACGGCAACGAUAUGGUGCCAGGCAGCCGAGGAGUCGUCAUGGUUCUAGACGACAAGCAGGGAGGCAUGAAGGAGUUCCCACUUUAGAAGGAAUCAUUCAGCAGCUAGUGAAUGGAAUAAUUGCACCUACUGCAAUGCCAAAUAUUGGUGUUGGACCCUGGGGUGUUCUUCAUUCAAAUCCCAUGGAUUAUGCCUGGGGUGCUAAUGGACUAGAUGCAAUUAUUACACAGUUAUUAAACCAGUUUGAGAACACGGGACCUCCGCCUGCUGAUAGAGAUAAAAUAAAAAGUCUUCCUACAGUACAAAUAACAGAUGAGCAUGUUGCUUCAGGACUGGAAUGUCCAGUGUGUAAAGAAGAUUACGGUGUAGGAGAAAAUGUGAGGCAGCUCCCAUGCAAUCAUAUGUUCCACAAUGACUGCAUAGUACCCUGGCUGGAACAGCAUGACACUUGUCCAGUGUGCAGGAAAAGCUUGAGUGGACAGAACACAGCAACAAACCCUCCAGAACUAUCAGGGAUGAACUUUACCUCCUCUUCCUCUUCCUCUUCAUCCUCUUCAUCCUCCUCUACCCCCCAGUCCUCAAGUUCGACCAGCAAUGAGAACUCCACUGAUAACUCCUAGAGAGACUUCUGUCCUUACCGCCCUUUGAGCUGUUUAUAGCUCCUAGGCUGCUUUACUUCAGAGCGGUGACCUCCAGUCUCUCCCUGUCCUAGGGUAGAGACCUGGGUGCAUCUCACCAGGAGCACUCGAGCCUGACUCAGGGGUAAGUGAUACAUGAGGUCCAUCCUGUUGCUCCCACCCUCAUCAGGAAUCUGACCAAAGGAAGGCUGGAGGCCCUGGAGUGCAGCUUCUGCCAGGGAGGAUGUGGAGAGGAUUGGAAACUUCAAGAUAUUCGAUCUGCCUGAAUCACCUCAUACAGGGAGGAGAAAACAAAGGAAUCCAAUGCUAGAAGACUCGGGACAACAAGACAGUUACU